UAGGUAGUGCGCGUGCGUGAGGCUAAAGCUGGGGUGCGGUCACGUGGGCCAGCGGUCCAGGGCCGGAAUGGCUGCAAGCUCAGAGAUAAUCAUUCAGGUCUUUGUGAGCUAAGGCCAAACAAACAAAAGAACACUUGCUUUGAUGGACUGAAUACUGUUAUUAGAAGUAAAUAUGGAAAAUGAACCAGACCAUGAAAAUGUGGAACAGAGCCUCUGUGCCAAGACGAGCGAAGACGAGCUGAAUAAGUCCUUCAAUCUAGAAGCUUCACUUUCAAAAUUCUCUUACAUAGAUCUGGACAAGGAACUGGAGUUCAAAAAUGAUCUGAUUGAUGACAAGGAGUUUGAUAUUCCUCAAGUUGAUACUCCUCCAACACUGGAAAGCAUACUAAAUGAGACUGAUGAUGAAGAUGAGUCUUUUGUUCUUGAGGAUCCUACAUUGUUAAACAUUGAUACUAUUGAUUCUCACUCCUAUGAUACUUCAUCUGUGGCAAGCUCAGAUAGUGGUGACAGGACCAACUUAAAGAGGAAGAAGAAAUUACCUGAUUCUUUUUCACUCCAUGGAUCAGUUAUGCGCCAUUCACUUUUGAAGGGAAUUUCUGCCCAGAUAGUGUCUGCAGCUGACAAAGUAGAUGCUGGCUUGCCUACAGCAAUUGCAGUGUCCAGUCUGAUAGCAGUGGGUACAUCUCAUGGAUUGGCUUUAAUAUUUGGAAAAGAUCAGAAUCAAGCUUUGCGACUCUGUCUGGGUAGCACUAGUGUUGGAGGUCAGUAUGGCGCUAUCUCUGCCCUCAGUAUCAACAAUGAUUGCUCAAGACUUCUUUGUGGCUUUGCUAAAGGACAGAUCACCAUGUGGGAUUUGGCCAGUGGAAAACUUCUAAGAUCAAUAACAGAUGCUCAUCCUCCAGGAACAGCAAUAUUGCAUAUCAAGUUUACAGAUGACCCAACUCUUGCAAUUUGCAAUGACAGCGGAGGCUCUGUUUUUGAAUUGACAUUUAAGAGAGUGAUGGGAGUGAGAACCUGUGAAUCUAGAUGUCUGUUCAGUGGUUCCAAGGGUGAAGUCUGCUGUAUUGAGCCUCUGCAUUCUAAGCCUGAGUUGAAAGAUCAUCCCAUCACACAGUUUUCAUUAUUGGCCAUGGCAUCCUUAACAAAAAUACUGGUCAUUGGAUUGAAACCAUCCUUGAAAGUGUGGAUGACUUUUCCCUAUGGCCGGAUGGAUCCUUCCAGUGUGCCACUGCUGGCCUGGCACUUUGUAGCAGUGCAAAAUUAUGUGAAUCCCAUGCUUGCCUUCUGCAGAGGAGAUGUCGUUCAUUUUCUAUUGGUAAAGAGAGACGAAUCUGGAGCAAUACAUGUUACUAAGCAAAAGCAUCUUCACCUAUACUAUGACCUCAUCAACUUUACUUGGAUAAAUUCACGCACAGUUGUGCUCUUAGACAGCGUAGAGAAGUUGCAUGUGAUUGAUCGGCAAACACAAGAGGAAUUGGAGACAGUGGAGAUCUCAGAAGUUCAGCUGGUCUAUAAUAGCAGCCAUUUCAAAUCACUAGCCACUGGAGGAAAUGUUAGCCAGGCACUGGCUUUGGUUGGAGAGAAGGCUUGUUAUCAAUCCAUCAGUAGCUAUGGUGGUCAGAUCUUUUAUUUGGGGACAAAAUCUGUUUAUGUGAUGAUGCUGAGGAGCUGGAGAGAGAGAGUGGAUCAUCUCCUGAAACAAGAUUGUCUUACAGAAGCCUUGGCUCUUGCAUGGUCUUUCCAUGAAGGAAAAGCAAAAGCUGUAGUGGGAUUAUCAGGGGAUGCCAGUAAGCGAAAGGCUAUUGUUGCAGACCGGAUGGUAGAAAUCCUAUUCCAUUAUGCAGAUCGAGCUCUGAAAAAGUGCCCAGACCAAGGAAAAAUCCAAGUGAUGGAGCAGCAUUUUCAGGAUAUGGUGCCUGUCAUAGUUGAUUACUGCCUUCUGCUGCAGCGAAAGGAUCUUUUAUUUAGUCAGAUGUAUGAUAAAUUAAGUGAGAAUUCAGUGGCCAAAGGAGUAUUUUUGGAAUGCCUUGAGCCAUAUAUUUUAAGUGAUAAAUUGGUGGGAAUCACACCCCAAGUAAUGAAAGACUUGAUUGUUCAUUUCCAAGAUAAAAAAUUAAUGGAAAAUGUGGAAGCUCUCAUUGUACAUAUGGAUAUCACCAGCCUAGAUAUUCAGCAGGUGGUUCUCAUGUGUUGGGAAAAUCGUUUAUAUGAUGCUAUGAUCUAUGUCUACAACAGAGGCAUGAAUGAGUUUAUUAGUCCCAUGGAGAAACUUUUCAGAGUCAUUGCUCCUCCUCUGAAUGCUGGAAGAACGCUAACAGAUGAACAAGUUGUUAUGGGCAAUAAGCUUCUUGUAUAUAUUAGCUGUUGUCUAGCAGGUCGUGCCUAUCCCCUUGGUGACAUCCCUGAAGAUCUUGUUCCCUUGGUUAAAAACCAGGUUUUUGAAUUUCUAAUUCGCCUGCAUUCAGCAGAGGCUUCUCCUGAGGAAGAAAUCUAUCCUUACAUUCGGACUUUGCUACAUUUUGACACAAGAGAAUUUCUUAAUGUAUUGGCACUGACUUUUGAAGAUUUUAAAAAUGACAAGCAAGCUGUGGAAUAUCAACAGCGAAUUGUGGAUAUUUUGUUGAAAGUUAUGGUGGAGAAUUCAGACUUUACCCCCUCACAAGUAGGAUGUCUCUUUACCUUCCUUGCUCGGCAGCUUGCAAAGCCUGACAACACCUUGUUUGUAAACAGAACACUUUUUGAUCAGGUCCUUGAAUUCCUUUGUAGUCCCGACGAUGACUCCCGACACUCUGAAAGACAGCAGGUCCUUUUAGAAUUGCUGCAGGCUGGAGGCAUAGUUCAAUUUGAAGAGAGUCGCCUCAUCCGGAUGGCAGAAAAAGCUGAGUUCUAUCAAAUUUGUGAAUUUAUGUAUGAAAGAGAACACCAAUAUGACAAAAUUAUUGAUUGCUACUUACGUGACCCUCUGAGAGAGGAAGAAGUCUUUAAUUACAUUCACAAUAUCUUAUCCAUUCCCGGACACAGUGCAGAGGAGAAGCAGUCUGUAUGGCAGAAAGCAAUGGAUCAUAUUGAGGAACUUGUGUCCCUGAAGCCCUGUAAAGCUGCGGAGCUGGUUGCCACCCACUUUUCUGGACAUAUUGAAACGGUCAUUAAAAAACUUCAGAACCAGGUUUUGCUUUUCAAAUUUUUGAGGAGUCUUCUUGACCCAAGGGAAGGUAUUCAUAUAAAUCAAGAAUUACUGCAAAUAUCUCCUUCUAUCACAGAGCAGUUCAUUGAGCUGUUGUGUCAGUUCAACCCAACCCAAGUUAUAGAGACUCUGCAAGUUCUUGAGUGCUACCGUCUGGAAGAAACUAUUCAGAUUACUCAGAAGUAUCAGCUUCAUGAAGUCACUGCUUAUCUAUUGGAAAAGAAAGGAGAUAUUCAUGGUGCCUUCCUAAUAAUGUUAGAGAGACUACAAAGCAAACUUUGGGAGAUAACACAUCAAGGUGAAAAUACCAAAGAGGAUCCCUCACUGAAGGAUGUUGAAGAUACUAUGGUGGAGACCAUUGCUCUUUGCCAGAGAAAUUCACAUAAUUUGAACCAGCAGCAACGUGAGGCACUUUGGUUUCCAUUAUUGGAGGCAAUGAUGGCUCCUCAGAAGCUGUCCAGUUCAGCCAUUCCUCAUCUACACUCUGAAGCUCUGAAAUCUUUGACCAUGCAAGUUUUAAAUAGCAUGGCAGCAUUUAUUGCCCUUCCAUCAAUCUUGCAAAGAAUUUUACAGGAUCCAGUUUAUGGAAAAGGAAAACUUGGAGAAAUCCAGGGACUUAUUCUGGGAAUGUUAGAUACCUUUAACUAUGAACAAACCCUGCUGGAAACAACAACUAGCCUUCUAAACCAAGAUCUCCAUUGGUCAUUGUGUAACCUGAGAGCUUCGGUCACCAGAGGACUGAAUCCCAAACAAGAUUACUGCUCUAUAUGUUUGCAGCAGUACAAGAGACGCCAAGAAAUGGCUGAUGAAAUUAUUGUCUUUAGCUGUGGCCAUUUGUAUCACUCAUUCUGCCUUCAAAACAAAGAAUGCACCAUGGAAAUUGAGGGCCAAACAAGAUGGACAUGCUACAAAUGCAGCUCAAGUAACAAAGUAGGAAAACUCAGUGAAAAUUCAUCUGAAAUUAAAAAGGGAAGGAUAACCCCAUCACAGGUAAAAAUGUCUCCAUCAUAUCAUCAGUCCAAAGGGGAUCCCACUGCUAAGAAGAGCUGUGCCUAAAAAAACUGGCCUGAGAUAUUAACAGCACAUGAGAAGGUCUUCAAUAAAUACUGGCAGAAGAGAGCUCUCAUGUGUGCCGCUUCAGUUCCUGACUGUAAGCUUUGUGACCACAGAUAGGGUCUGACUGUUUUACACCCUAUCUGAGCAAUGCAUAGAUGAUGUCAAGAGAACCACUAAAAUCUUUUCCUUUAUCCGGCUGCAAAAGUGCGGUUGAAACAUGGUAAACAAAUUGACAUUUCUGCUCGUUUCUUUCAUCAUUUUUCUUUCUCUAAUAGUCAAAGUGUUUUUUUUCCUUGCCCUUUUUUACCAUUUCAGCCAGCAUCCGUAUCAGUGAAGGACUAUAGAACAAAAAUAACCACCUGCUGGCUCUGUUGACUAACAGCAGGUUUUAGCUUCAAAGCAAUGUUCCAAAAAUGGGUCCCCCUCCUCUGACUUCAGAAUCCCCUGAGACUUUUUCAGAAGAGAAGAGUCUAAAAACAAAAUAUGUUGUCUGAAAAGGCCUAUAACACACUGCACAUAAAAAUCCUCUUUCACGCUUGUCAAGGCAGUAGGGGCAGGCAAGACUGAGGCAGUGACUGUUGAUACUUAGAACCAUCACACUGUAACGCGAAGAGUGGGGGGAGCCUGUCAUUUUCGUCUCACUCAGUAAAUAGAUGAGGAAAUGGGAAUCCAGAGGGAUUCCAAUUUUUUGUCUUGGCUUUCCAAUGUUAGCUAUGGAAUACACUUCUAACAUAGUGAUGUCAAGCAUGUGCUUUGGAUACCACCAGACUUGGGUUCAAAGAUUUACUCUUCUACUUAUUUAUCUGAAUGACCUUGUGUAAAUUGGCCCCUCUGUUUCAUCUUAUGUAAAAUGGUGAUGCUACUCUCAGAAUUGUCCUGAAUAUUAAAUGAAAUACUCUACUGUUUAAGAGUCUAACAUUGUGUUUGACAUAUAGUAAGUACUCAAGCUGUUGUUGACACUAGUAUUAAAAUGCAGGUCUCCCGGCUCCUAAUCGAUGUCCUCUUACUUUAUCAUGCUGCUUGUAUAAUAUUGUUCAUUCAGCAAGUAUAGUCUACCCUUCACAUUUGUGGGUUCUGCAUCUGUGGGUUCAACCAACCACAGAUUGAAGAUAUAUGGGGGGGGG